AUGGCAAACGAACGCGAAAGCAAGACCUUCCUCGCACGCCUCUGUGAGCAGGCUGAGCGCUACGAUGAGAUGGUCACCUACAUGAAGGAGGUGGCCAAGCUAGGCGGUGAGCUCACUGUCGACGAGCGCAACCUGCUCUCUGUCGCCUACAAGAACGUUGUCGGCACCCGCCGUGCAUCCUGGCGCAUCAUCUCCUCCAUCGAGCAGAAGGAGGAGUCCAAGGGUUCCGAUAAGCAUGUCGGCACUAUCCGCGAGUACCGUCACAAGAUCGAGAGUGAGCUCGAGAAGGUCUGCCAAGAUGUCCUUGAUGUUCUGGAUGAGUCCCUCAUCCCCAAUGCUGCCACUGGCGAGUCCAAGGUCUUCUACCACAAGAUGAAGGGUGAUUACCACCGCUACCUCGCCGAGUUCGCCUCUGGUGAGAAGCGCAAGGGAGCUGCUACUGCUGCCCACGAGGCUUACAAGAGCGCUACCGACGUCGCUCAGACAGAGCUGACCCCGACUCACCCCAUCCGCCUCGGCUUGGCCCUCAACUUCUCCGUCUUCUACUACGAGAUCCUCAACUCUCCCGACCGUGCCUGCCACCUGGCCAAGCAGGCCUUUGAUGAUGCCAUUGCCGAGCUCGACUCUCUCUCCGAGGAGUCAUACCGCGACAGCACCCUCAUCAUGCAGCUCCUGCGGGACAACCUCACCCUCUGGACCUCGUCCGACAGCGGUGAGGCUGAUGCUCAGGCUGCUGCCCAGGCUGAUGCCCCCAAGGCUGAUGCUGCUGAGAAGGCUCCCGAGAAGGAGGAUGAGGCUAAGGCUGAGGAGCCUGCGGCCGCUCCCGCGGCCGAGUCCUAG